AUGAAGAUUGAAACCUGCUUUUACUCUGGUUACAAGAUCCACCCCGGACAUGGAAAGCGUCUUGUGCGCGCUGAUGGUAAAGUAAGUUGGCUUUUCAUAAUACUAUUUUAAAUAGUUUGAAACAGGAUUCUUGACAUAUAUUUUAUGCUGUGUAAUACUUCAAAUACAUAUUUUACGUUUUCUUGUUUAGUUUUCUUUCGUAUUAAAGAUUUUGUGUUGUUGAAAAGAAUUUUAUUUUCUUUUCAGAUCAACAUCUACAUUAGCAAGAAGGCUGAGCGAUCUACUGCCAUGAAGAGAAACCCUCGUGACAUUCCAUGGACCGUAUUGUACCGCAGAAAGCACAAGAAGGUAUGUGGUUUAUUAGAUUUUCGUGUUUUUAGGUAUUAUAAGUUUUAAAUAUAGUUUCAUCGUUUUUAUGGAAACUAUGAGGCAUUGAAUGGUAUUACGCUAAGUUGCGAAGGUUUUUUAUGUCUAUUUAAUUGUAAUUGAGUAGUAAUUUAGUGUAUUAGCGUGUUGUAGCAGCAUAUUAGAGCCUGUAUUGAUGUUUUUAUGUUAGUAAAGGUGUCGAAUGACUGCAAAAUCAAAUUGGGUUGACGAUCUCGGUUUUCAUUGUGUGUGAGACUCGUUUUAUACGCUCAAACAUUCUUUACUUUUUUGCCUUUAACUCAAGCUUUAUUUUAUACUAUUAAGUAGCAAGAAGUUGAUGUAAACUUUAGAAUUUUAGCUUAUUUUCAAUGUUUUCAGGGUCUUCACGCUGAUGACAACACCACUAAAAAGCGUGUGAAGAGAACCGUUCAAGUUGCCAGCCGUGCUAUCGGUGACUUCUCAGUUGAAGCUAUCUUGGCCAAGAGAAACCAGAAGCCCGAGUUCAGAAAGGCCCAACGUGAACAAGCCGUGAAAGCCGCCAAGGACGCUGUUAAGGCCCAGAAAGCCAAGAAGGAAAAGACAAAGACGGUAAGUGUUUCAAUGCUGUUAUUGGAACAAUAUUUUACAAAAAAUAUGCUUUUCAGCAUUUAAUUUGGUAUUAAUUUUUUAUUUUUUUGUGCCAUUCAGAGGUUUUUAGUGUAACUUUGCAGCAUAUUAGAGCCUGCUUUAGCGUAGUACAGCUAAAGCAGGUGUCGAUUGACUGCAAAAUCGUAUUGAGUUGACGAUCCCGGCCAUCAUUUUAUGUGUUGUCCGUUUUAAAUAUCUCAGACAUUAAUUUUUUUAAAUUUAAAAGUAAUUUUAUAAUACGAAAACGGGUUUUUUAAAUAAAUUAUGUUUAUUCAACGAAUGUUUGCAAUAAUUUUAUUGUGAUCUUGUUUCAGGAAAAGACUAAGGCUCCAGCUGCUCAGAAAGUCAAGACCGCCAAGCCAGUGAAAUCACAGGCUCCACGUGUUGGUGGAAAGCGUUAA